AUGGGGCGAAAUGUGCAGCAGACUGGCCUUCACCUGUGCAUUAUUGCUGUGCUGCUUCUUGGUGAAGGACAAGGGAGAGAUUUCCCUGGCAGCCUGAGCUGCCUGAAUAACUACGUGACUACUGUGAGCUGUACGUGGGCACCUGAGGAGCCCGUGGGUGAUGGACCUUUCCACCUGCAUUUCACAAACCUCUGGUCAAAGGGCCAAAAUGCCAGCUGCCAGCUGACUGCCAGAGACAGCAUGCAGGAUCAGUACCACUGCACGAUGCACUUAGCAAGACAGAUCUUGGAAACAGAUGGUUACAGAGUCUCUCUCCAAGGCAACUUCUAUGGAAGCAAUCACACAUACGUUACCUUUCAGGAGUACAGUCCCCGCCAGCACAUAAAACUUGAUCCACCUUUGAACAUCCAGAGCAAUGUUACUGCCAGCAAGUGUCAGAUAUGGUGGACUGUGCCUUCCUACCUCGAUGAAAUUCUCCAGUACCAGUUGCAGUACAAGGAGUACAGCUCGUCAUGGGAGACUGCACAGAACAAGACACCACCCAGUUCACUACCACAAAUAGAAAUUGAAGGCACAGAAUUUCACAGUGGCAUCUCUUACAUUGCACGAGUUCGCUGCAAAGUUUCUGAAAUUGAGGAUUCAUACCACAGUCAGUGGAGCGACUGGAGCCAGACAACAGUAUUUCAAAGAGAAGGUGCAUCCGAACUGUCUGAAAAACUCUUUGAUACCAGAACAUUCGAGUUCUUGAUCAUUCCUCUGAGUUUUGGCACCCUACUCUAUUUAUUUUGGAACUGCAAGCUUUCUUCAAGGCCAAAAGUCCUCUCCUGCCUUAAUAUUCCCACACCAGCUGCUUUCUUUCAGCCACUCUAUAAUUUGCACAAUGGGAAUUUUAAGGACUGGGUUGGACCCAAUGAGGCUUGUAGCCAACUCAAAAGAGAAGAGGCAAGCAACUCAAACAAAGUGACUGUAGAUGAAGUUUCUGAGCUAAGCAUCCAAGAACUGAUUUCCCAAAUUUCCUUGAAACCUAUGGAAAGCACAAAUUUGGCUGCCGAAGAAGAGAUGAUUGCCUUUGCCUCUGGUCCAAGCCAGCAGCAUGUCCCCAGCAGAUGUGUAAGAGGAGAAGAGAUAGAAGUCAGGCCAGCAGUGCUGGUAACCCAAAACCAUGCUAAUGAUACAACUGACCUGAAAAUCUCUGAAAAAAUUAAAGCCAACCUUGAGAGCUCUAGUGGGGGAAGGAGUUAUCCCUCCCACUUACAGCCUGGAAAGAGUGACUGUAUUAUGCUUCAGGAAUCUUUGGAGGUGGCAAGUGUGUCAUUCAGCAGUAGCGACUACUGCACCUUGUGUGAUAGUGAUACCACUGAAGGUUUGAUUCCUGCUGAACUAUUGAAGCUCUCUGAUGGAAAUGGUCUGGCCAAAUGUGAGAAUGAUCAGAAUGACCUUCCCUGA